AUGGCAGCGUAUACUGAUGAAUGGGUGACCGGCCCAUCGGACACAAAGUUCUUUACGCGUACACAAGCACCUGCGGAGAUCAAGGGAGCCGUCGUGUUCGUCCACGGGUUCAUUGAACAUCUCGGACGCUACGACUUUGUUCGUGAAGCUUUAGUAUCCAAGGGCUUUGCUGUCCUCUUCUACGACCAGCGAGGCUUUGGUCAAACGGCACUGGACAAAGCGCGUCGUAGCGUUGGGAGUGCUUACGGCAAGAAUACAAGAGCCGAAAUGCUCGACGACGUGCAAUUCAUGCUCAACCACGCAAGGGAAAAGUUCAAGACGAAGAACCUCUUCCUGUAUGGUCAUUCCAUGGGUGGUGCGAUCGUACUUCAAUACUGCUGUGUCGGCAAUGACGAUCUCAACGUCAAGUGCGACUUGCGUGGAGUAGUUGCAACCUCCCCUCUCCUCCGACAAGCUGUAUCUGCACCAGCAUGGCAACUUGUUAUGGGCCAUAUGGCACAAAACCUCACACCAUGGAUGAGCGUACCGGCCAAAGUUAACGCAGCUGACCUCUGCCAUGAUGACUCUGUCGGAAAGGCAUACCUUGCCGACCCCCUUGUCAUUCAGCAAGGCACCCUUCGCGGUGUCGACACCAUGCUUCGUGGAGGUGCGGAAACUGCCGAGAAGCAUUACCUUCACUGGCCAGAGUCACUUCCUGUCUUCCUCUUUCACGGAACCGAGGACAAGGUCACAAGUGCAAAGGCGACCCACAAAUUUCAUGAUGAUAUCAAAGCCAAGGACAAGCAUUUGCAAAUGAUCGAGGGUGGUUUCCAUGAGCUGCAUAACGAGCCCGAGUUUAAAGUGAAGCUACUCGAGGACAUUACGGCGUGGUUCCUUGCUCACCUUUCUCAGCAGUCGGAGACCACCGCUGCUCCUCCUGAGGCCAGCACGUCGGCGGCCCCUGAAGAAGCCGCCGCGUCAAAGCUCUGA